GACCAGCGCCCGUUGUGUGCCAAGCCACGUGCAGUGCUGGUUCUCUGUGCUAGCCAGCCACUGCCACCAGUCUUGGUUCACUUGACCAGUCAGCGGUGGGGAGCUUCCUCUGUAAAGCCGUUUCUUUGGUUAAGGAGCUGAGCAUCUUCUUGUGGUGUUCGCAGCCCGUGUGGAUCCUGUCUGGAUUGCCCACUUUCUCUCUGCUAGGCCGUCCGCCUCGUUCUUCAUUCGCAGGUUCUCUCCAUAUGAUACAUACAGAGACUGACAGCUCCCUGGUGCCUGGGCCGAGCUCUUUCAAGAAUAAGCCAGGCAUGGUCGUUUAAGGGUCACCGGAAGCGUUGGCCACAGGCAGCAGCGGCCUCAUCCGCCGAGCAUGUGAACUGGGCUCCCAGCACAUCCCCGGAGCACCACAUCCUGAGUCAGGGCUGACAGCCGUGUGUUCCCGACGUGCAGAAGUAGCUUUAUGACCGUGAGAACUGCAGGCUGCGCAGGAAGUUGCCUAGUGAAGGGCGUGGAAGGGACGCGUUGGCUCCACCUCUCGGACCAGGAGGGCACGUGGCCUGUCCACAGGGGACUCCCUCUGCUCUCAGCGGCCCACGAGACGAACGGUCAUCACACUGAUUCAGAGAGGAAAUUGGGAGCCACUUGGGCCUUGGAGCUGCUGCCAGGAACACCACUGAACCUCACCGCUUCUGCCGUCCACACUUCUCAAGGUGGUGGAACCAGACCUCCAGAACCUUCUGUGUGAUCCAGAAAAGGCAUGGGGGCCCAGUGACAGGCUUCUGUAAAGCGAGGAGAAUAUGGAAGCCCACGGUGAAUCUCUGCCACAGAAACUGAGAAGGGAAAACACUGCCAUGAGAGAUUGCUUCUUUAGGGAAGAGAGGGCCAAGCUGGUGGGGGAGGUACUGGGGGCAUUAAGGAACAGGAGGUGAAGCCCUCCAGAGACAGGGCCAGAUCACAGGGCACCACGGCCCCUGGAGGCACCCAGACCUGGCCAGGAGACAACACAUCAGUGUCAGAGACGAGAAAAGGGACAUCAGAAAGGCCAUGGUCAGUGCAGGCAGUUAGGACAGAGCCCAGGUGCAGGCCAGGUGUGCAGACAGACUUGGAAUCCAGCCCUUCACCCUUGAUCUACCCACUGAGCUGAGCAAACUCGGGGAGUGACCCUGGACUCCACCAUGCCCACUCAGACCCAGGCUACCAGUUGUACCCCUAGAUGCCUCUUAUCCAUUCCCUGGGCCUGGCCUCCGUCUCUCCACCCUGAGUUUCUGCAGGCGCUGUCUCCUCUCUGGUUACGGUUACAAGCAGGCCCUGUCUGCUUGCUGGGCCCCCAGGCUCCCUGGAGUCCAGCCCCCACUUGCCUUUGAUCUCUUCUCUCCUCCCUGCGCCCCCUCCUUUUCCCUGUGUCAACCACCCUGCCUGUCUUGUGGUCCCUCAGGACCCCCCACUUCUCAUCAGGGCCUCUGGGUGUUCCAUUCCUCCCCCUGUAAUACCAUCUCACAUACACACGCAUCCCCAGUUAGCUGUGCCUCAUCCUUCAACCUCAGCCCCUCACCACCCGCCCCAUGUUCUCCCGGGACCCUAAGCCCCCUCAUCACAGCCAUCCAAGAUUGGUGACUCAACACAUUUGUCUAAAGAUUUAGUUCCUGUCUGGCUCUCCCCGUGGACUGGCAGCCCCAAGGGGAGGGGGAGCUUGUACAUAUCCCCCCCAUACGCACUGUGUGUCCCAAGGAUCCUCAGGGCACUUGGUUCCUGUCAGACUCCAGGGACUCGGGGGAUCACUAAAUGGCCUGCCCCUCCCCCAUCCUUCCUCAUUGUGGGGCCAGGAAAGAUGGAAGCACUGCCAGGCCCUAGUGCUCCCCUUGGUGGCGAGAGUUCUGUGGCCGAGUCAGCUGAGGGAAUGGAGACUCUAGCAACAUGAGCGACCACAGGCAAGUUCUCAGCUCCCUCCUGUCUGGGGCCCUGGCUGGUGCUCUGGCCAAAACGGCGGUAGCUCCCCUGGACCGAACCAAAAUCAUCUUCCAAGUGUCUUCAAAAAGAUUUUCUGCCAAGGAGGCCUUCCGGCUCCUCUACUUCACCUACCUCAACGAGGGCUUCCUCAGCCUGUGGCGUGGGAACUCGGCCACCAUGGUGCGCGUGGUGCCCUACGCCGCCAUCCAGUUCAGCGCCCACGAGGAGUACAAGCGCAUCCUGGGCCACUACUAUGGCUUCCGCGGAGAAGCCCUGCCCCCUUGGCCCCGCCUCCUGGCAGGCGCACUAGCUGGAACAACAGCUGCUUCGCUGACCUACCCCCUGGACCUGGUCAGAGCAAGGAUGGCCGUGACCCCAAAGGAAAUGUACAGCAACAUCUUUCACGUCUUCAUCCGCAUCUCCCGAGAAGAGGGCCUGAAGACCCUCUACCACGGGUUCACGCCCACCGUGCUGGGGGUCAUUCCCUACGCCGGCCUGAGUUUCUUCACCUAUGAGACGCUCAAGAGCCUGCACAGAGAGUACAGCGGCCGCCCACAGCCCUACCCCUUUGAGCGCAUGAUAUUUGGGGCCUGCGCUGGCCUCAUCGGGCAGUCAGCCUCGUACCCCCUGGACGUGGUGCGGCGGCGCAUGCAGACAGCCGGGGUCACGGGUCACCCGCACGCAUCCAUCGCGCACACGCUGCGUGCCAUCGUGCGGGAGGAGGGCGCCGUGCGUGGCCUCUACAAGGGCCUGAGCAUGAACUGGCUCAAGGGCCCCAUCGCCGUGGGCAUCAGCUUCACCACCUUCGACCUCAUGCAGAUCCUGCUACGGCACCUGCAGAGCUAGGGAGCCCGCGGGCCGGCUGCUCUCGAGACGGGGAGCCGAGCUUCCACUUGCAGCGGACCAUUGACCCCUUUCGUUUCUGAGCCCGUGGAGUGAGGGUGCACAUGGUUCCACUCUGGGAGCCACGUCGGGAGCACCUUGUAGAAUAAGCUGGGGGACCUGGCGUCGGUCCCACCAGCCGGCAGCCCUUGAAGUGCAGUGUUGAGGCUGGUGGGCGGGGGCUACCACACUCUCCCAUCCCUCCUCCCUGGGGCUGGCACUGUCUCCUGGAGGUGUCGCCCUAAAUGCCCUGAGCCGGGAGUGACCAGCACCGCCUCCUGGCACCCUGUGACCUUGGACAUGCUCCUGGUUCUAGUGACCCCAUGCCCACUGGGCUCAGAGCCAGACUCCACCUGCCCCUGCGCCCACAGAGGGGAGUCCCAGAGUGUUCGGAGAAGCCUGUCCAGGCCCUGGUGAGGUGGGGCCAGACUUCUGCUCAGCGGGGGCUACAAAUACAGCCUCUUGCCCCACCCCACCCCACCUGUCCCACCUUUGCCAUUACUUCCCAGGUGACAUGACUCCUCUGUCACCAGAGCCUCCUGCUUCAGAACAGCCUUCUCCCAAGAGGAUUAUUUGGAUCCUGGACUCCGUGGCCAUAGUAGGGCACCAGGAGUGGGUCUUCCCCUCUGUCGCCCACCUGUCUGGUUUGUAAUGUUUCCAGGAGGGUCUCAUCUCCUCCACAUAGCAGGGUUUGAGGAAUUGCCACGGGUUUGGGUCUGAGUCCUAGCCGGAGGGCAUCUGCUGGAAACUGGGCACCCAGGUCACCUUCUCUGGGCCUGGAAGCUCCCACCCCUAUCGCUAUCCCACAGGCCGCACCAGUAGAGGCCUGGCCUUAGGCCCUAGCCCUCUGCCCCUAGGCACAGCGGCUCUUGUGGGGAUGUGUGGCAUCUGGCAUGUCCCUGGCUCCCCACCUGAGCAGGCACUUGGCCAAGACACAGGGCAGUUUAAGACCUAGGGUUGUCGGAUUUCCAUGAAGAGAGCGCAUGGAGGCAACUUGCAGCCUUGAUCUUCCCAAAAUGGGGCCCCUGAGACUGUCUGUAGCCCAGGGGGGGAUUCUUGGAGAAAUUGGGGAACCCCAGGGCACCUCCAGGGAGCUGGUCUCAUGGAGAAGUCCCCUAGGGUCUGCUCGGUGUCACAUUUCAGAAUGACUUUGGGAGUUUCUUGAUUUCUUUUGGUUUUGUUCUUCAAUCUGGCUGACCCUGGGUCUAGUCACAGUAAACCCCCACCCGUGUGAUCUGGUUCCAGGCAGAGGUGACCAGAGGGUCGGUUUUCACAGAGAGCUCCUCAGCGCCGAUGUGUGAAAGGGUCUAAGAGGGCGCAUUUGCCCCAUGCACAUUUCCAGUCGUGACCUUCAUUUCUCCCCUUUGUUCUGUCCCGUUGGUGUCCUUGCCUGGGACCCCUGCAGGUAUGAAGACCCCUCUCUCUGUCCUUCCUUGCAUGUGUCUGCCGGCCAGCCUGACUCUCAUCCCCAGGGUCUCAAGGCUGUUUUGUUGGGUGGACUUCGCUCCUCCUGUCCUCACCCUGCCCAGCGCCCAGUCUCGGCAGGAGAGGCAGGGACCCCUCACAGGGAGACGGGCUGGGGACCCAAGGGCCACCAGGCAAGAGAAAGCAGCAGGGGCUGGGGGGUCCACCGCAGGCAGGUGAGACCAAACGAAUGGCUCUCUGAGCCUCAGGCUGGGUGGCAGAGGGGAGGGGCCCCCAGGUCCCGCCAGCCCCACCGUGCCUCCCCAAGGUGGCUCCCAGUCGAGUGGGCCUCAGCCACACACACAGCUGGGCUGGUGCCCUCCGUGGCCACACCCCUCCCACUGGUGUCCAUCUUGAUCUGGAGUUACAUUUUGAUGCCAUGAAGACACUUUGUUUAUAUAUAAUGUUUAUAUAUUUUAAAAGAUUUGUGCCAAGAGAGUAUAUUUAAUAAAAAUUAAAAUGAC